ACAAGUAAAGAUGGCGGGAGAUGCGGAGCUGAGGAAGGCGGUCUGCCUGUAUGAGCGGUUACAGAAGCUGUCAUGUCCGUCUCUGGAGGGAGUUUAUAUAACUGAGCCACAAAGCAUUCAUGAGCUGUUAUGCACCCCCUCUGUCCGACGCCUUGAUGUACUGGAGUGGAUAUGUACAAGAUUGGCUCAUGUCGUUUCCUCUUGCAGCGCUGUUUCUUGUGCCCGUGAGAAUGAGGAGUUUUUGAGAGAGCUGUUCUCUAGCGCCCACUUCCAGGCCACCCUCACGCCUGAAUGCAACCCCUGGCCGGCCGACCUGAAACCCAACUUGCUCACAGAGGAGCAGCAGAAACGGACCGUUCCAGCUGACAAGGAUAAUGUAAUUACUGACUAUUUAGAGGAAUUGCAGAAAAUCACUAUGGAUCUUCAAGAUCUUAAAGAAGAGUGCACUUUCCUCUGUAGCGCAGUUCCCGGUGGGGAUACAGUUACACAGACAUUGAGAUUGGCGCUGACUGAUUUCCACCAGCUCAUCACGGCUUUCACUGAAGUGUAUGAGAACGAGUUUCAUGAACAUUGCGGUCACCUAGCGCCCCAAAUAAGCUCUUCAGGACCUCUCUUCCAAUCCAUCCACAGCUUGCUGGGUAUCUGCAUCAAGAAGCUGGAAGCUAUAGCACAGUUCACCGAAACCUCAAAUACCAUAGUGGAGGUGGUGAGAAAAAGACAGCAAUGUAAAGAGUCCUGGGGAGGCAGCAGCGCGGCCACACUGUAUGAGAAAAUCCAGGAGCUGAAGCAGAACUAUGAGGUGUUCCGGCGUCCUUGGCAGGAGUAGGAAAACGUGUCUAUCAUUGAGGCCUGGGUUGAUGAGCAGCCACCAGCUGGACUCCACAGGAGGAGAACAUUUGGAUAUACUGUAGUACUGACUUUUGGUUGACCUGAAAUGGUCUCUGCCGUUACUACUUCUAAGCUAUCUGCAACUCCAGAGGACAAUGUCCGUCUUAUAUAGAAUGAGCUACAUGGAUCUCCGAGAAGCCUUUCUGUAUGUUUUGGAGACACUGUGGAUCAGCCUUCGCACUUGUGUUGUGUUUGGUUCUGUAGAAUGGAUUACUUUGUCCCAAUGAUACAUUCUUUCUCUUUCGUAUAACUAGGUUUUUAUGCACCAUCUAGAAGAUGGAUGGAAAUUGGAUAUAUACAAUAUUAUUGCUUCUAAUGUAAUUGUCUGAUAAAUUCCUUAUUAAACU